UUUUUUGCAUUAUGUCGGUUGACGUAAAGUUUACUGCUACCACUAUAAACAAAAAUGGCAACGGCGAACCAAAACAAAAAGAUGGACCUGACAGAACUUGCUGAUGAACUGCUGGAACAAAUAUUUUGCUGCAGGCUACUAACUUUUAAAGAUAUCCUUAAUCUGUCAUUAGUUUGUCGACGUUUAUAUGAUGUGACAAGAAGUAAUGAACUUUGGAAAAUAAAACUUUCCCAAAGGUGGCCUGAUUGGUCAGCAACACUUGACGAGGUUCAAUAUCUUCAAGCAAUUCAAUUUCGAUACCACGUUGAUCUUGUACUUAAAAAUAUGCUUGAGAAUAUUGCAAAAUAUACAUACACAUUAGACGGCAUACCUAACAGAAUGUUAAACAGACUCGAUUCCAAUUUGGUAGAUGAUAACUAUGUCAACAUGGCACUUGACUGUCUUCAAUGUCAUACCCAACAAAGUCCUCUUACCGGAGAUUUAAACAUGAAAUAUCAUGCUGAGAAGGUAUACAGAUAUGUUUACCAUUACAAGCUAAAAUAUCAACUCAUGAAGUUGUUGGUGUCUGAAGAAAAAUCUAUAUACAGCCUGGAAGAGGGUGCUACAAUAAUAUCACAAUGGUGCAAUCCAGAAGUGAAAAUAGAAUUAAGUGAAAUAACGAAAACACUGAAUGAUAUUGCUGAAUCUGUGAAAAAAAUAUUACCAUCGAGAAGCCAGUCUCAGCCUAAUGGCUACCACUAUGUUACUGAAGUUUUAAAAUCAUUGAAUAAAAUUCUUUAUGAUGAGUAUUUGUUUGAAGGAAAUUCGUCUUCAUAUUAUAAUAUAUCGAAUUCAUAUAUACAUCAGGUUUUAAGGACGAAAAAAGGGAUACCAUUAACUUUAUCAAUUUUAUACAUCGCCAUUGGUCGAAGACUUGGUCUACAAAUAUUCGGUGUGAAUUUUCCAGGUCAUUUCUUGGUUAAAGUGAACGCAGAUAAAAAUGGCCAAACAUCUGAGAUCUAUGUAGAUGCAUUCAAUAGAGGCGAAAUUUUAAACCAGGGUGAAUGUGUAGCAAAAUUUUUGCAUAAUUUUGCGGAUCCUCCAAUUGAUAGAUUGUUUCAAGUUGCAGAUGAGAGGCAUAUUUUCAUCAGAAUGAUUGCAAAUAUCAUUAAUAUAUUAAGAAAACCAACAAAUCAUGAUUCAAGAAACAUGGAUAUAUUGCAAAGUAUGCUAGAGCUGAUGUUACUACUUUCUCCUCACGAUGAUGGACACAAAUUGCUUUUAUCAAGAAUAUAUCUGCAUCGAAGAAUCAACCUUACAGAGGUGAUAAAACAUUUACAAGAGAUGUCUUCAUCUGAAAGGGGACUGCCAAUGGAAACGUUGGAUGUUUUACUGAAACAUGCAGAAGCGAAGAUGAAAGAAAAUAGGACUUUUAAAGCUAAAUAUCGAAGUGAUGAAGAAAAUUCAAAUGUUAAGUACCGAGUUGGGAUGGUAAUGAAACACAAAUUGUACCAUUAUUACUUUGUUAUUUUUGGUUGGGAUGCCUGUUGUAUGAUGGAUGUAGCUUGGCAACAACAAAUGGGUGUUCCAAAUCUGGUUGAUAAAGAUAAACAGCCAUAUUAUAAUGUUCUUGCACAUGAUGGCUCAACUAGAUAUGCAGCUCAAGAAAAUGUUUUGCCAAUUAGCACAGGUCGGCCAGUUCAACAUCAAGAAGUUGGAAAACAUUUUAAAUCAUUUAAUGGGUACCAUUAUAUUGCUACACCCAUGUUAGCAGAACAGUACCCAGAAGAUCAACCAAUACCAUCAGAACAGCUUCCAACAGAAUCUUUUGUAGAGACUUGUGAAUAACAUUGUAUUGUUAAAUUCAUGUAUAUUUUUAUUAGACUUUUUUAUAAUGACUGUUACCGUUAUUUUUGUUACUCAAACAAUUUUUUUCAUCAUUUUAUUAUACGAUCUGUUUAAUUACUUAAAACGUCAAUGAUUGGUUGUAAACACUCCCACCAAUUUAUAUUAUUUCACUAGUUUGUAACCCAUGGAUUUAUCCAUGGGUUCGUCCGUCCUUUAUUGACCGUAUUCCGUGUCUCACUACUGCAGUUACCAUUUUGCAUGUCAGACAGACGUAUAUGGGUAUUAUAACAUAAUUGUUGUUCAAUUAAUAAAACAUAUUUUCUUGUUUUUAUGUCUACAUUUUUAUAUUUACUUUUAGUAGUAUUAUUAAGAAAUAGCUGGUAAUUUUUUUAAGAUGAAAACAAAAUGAAAUGUUUCUGAAAUUAAGUAUAUACCUCUUUCUUUUACAAACAAUCAGCUUUUCUCAAACAUUACCAAAGAUAUACAUUGAAACUAUCCCCUAGAAAUUGUUUAAUGGUUUGAGUCUAAAGUUUCUUUAUGUCAAAUUUUUAAUUUUUACCUGUGUGUUUUUUAUCAUUAUAUCAAUACAAGAUAUUGAUGACAAUGAUUAGUAUAUAUACAGUAAUGUUUCAAUUAAAUGCCUGGGACAUUUUUUUACCUUUCAAGAAGGUAUUUAUUUAAAGAAGGCACUGUUUUGAGAGGUUUAUGCUAAAGAGACUAUGAACAGGUACAUUUAGUCCCAAAUCGUGAAAAAUGUCAACGUAAAAUUACGACUUUGCCCGCUUUUAUUUUACCACAUUUUGUGUCUCACUACUGGGGUUACCAUUUUGCUUGACAGACAGACAGAAGUAUAUGGAUAUUAUAAUAUAUAGAUCAAAAUAAGUGUAAGGCAAGCAUUACUUAAGUUGAUUCUGUUUAUCAUGCACCAAACAACCUUUUCAUUGUGUGAAGAAUCUUUUUCUACAAGUUAUGUUUAUUUUUGUACAUUUGUAAAUAUUCCUGCAAUAUCAGUAUUGUUUCCUAUAUUAGGUAAAAUUAACUUAUGGUAUCAGUAGUAUUUAAUAUUUAGCCACA